GCUGCCUGUUGUUUACCUCACGUGACUGCGUGCGCCUAUGCAUCUGACUGGCUCAGUUGGCCAGAACGUUGAAACGUCUAAUAUGAAAGUCAUGUGUUCAAUAAGUCCUGGACAUUGCUCUCUGAUGAACUACAGCUUCCUGCUACUGAUCAUACUGCGGCUUGGCUUGGACACCGUGGAAGGUGUGUGGCCUUUACCGCAAAGCUUUCUCCCUUGGCCAGAGAGGUAUCCACUGAAACCCCAGUCUUUCACCUUUGGAUACAGAAGACACUUGGCCGCACAGCACCGCUGUUCUGUUCUGGAUGCUGCAUUCAAGCGAUACUUUUCCAUUUUAUUUCCAGACAACCCUUCUGGAAAUGAUUCUCUGCGAUUCAGGGAGAAUGAGGUAUUUACUCUCACAAUCAGUCUUGACCGUCAUGACUGUGAAGGUUACCCAAGUCAAGACUCUUCUGAGAGAUACAAAUUGAGUGUCUCUGCUGGGCAAGCAUCUCUAUAUGCCGAAACUGUGUGGGGUGCUCUAAGAGGUCUAGAAACCUUCAGUCAGCUGGUGUAUCAAGAUGAUUUUGGCUCAUAUUACAUCAACAAGACUGAUAUUGAGGACUUCCCACAGUUUAAAUACAGGGGGAUUUUACUGGACACUUCACGCCACUAUAUACCAGUGCAGGCCAUUUUAAAAACUCUGGAUGCAAUGGCCUACAAUAAGUUUAAUGUGUUUCAUUGGCACAUUGUUGAUGAUCCAUCCUUUCCUUACCAAAGCCGCACAUUUCCAGACCUUUCCAGUAAGGGGGCUUUCCACCCGAUGACUCACAUCUACACACAGUCAGAUGUGAGAAGGGUGAUAUCAUAUGCCAGGAUGCGAGGGAUAAGAGUCCUUCCUGAGUUUGAUUCACCAGGCCAUACUAAUUCUUGGGGAAAAGGUAAGCCUGAGCUGUUGACUCCCUGCUACCAAGGGGGCUCUCCUUCAGGGACUUUUGGACCUGUUAAUCCAUCAUUACCUUCCACCUAUCAGUUCAUGGCAUCCCUUUUUAAGGAAGUGGCCUCAGUGUUUCCUGACUCCCAUGUCCACUUAGGAGGGGAUGAGGUUGACUUUUCUUGCUGGAGAUCAAACCCUUACAUUCGUGUGUUUAUGCACAAGAUGGGUUUUGGAGUGGACUUUUCUAAACUGGAAGCAUUCUACAUUGAAAAGAUUGUGAACAUCACAACAUCUCUGAAGAAGACCCCUGUUGUGUGGCAGGAUGUUUUUGAUUACCAUAAACGACGCAAGUCUUUGUCAGUGGUGGAGGUAUGGAAACAGGGCUGUUACCUGUGUGAAGUACGCAGGGUUGUUAAAGCGGGGCUCCGGGUGAUUCUGGCCUCUCCAUGGUAUCUGGACCAGCCUGGACCCACACACAACUGGGCCCGCUACUAUAACGUGUGGCCUCUAGCCUUUAAGGGUACUGAGGAGCAGAAGAGGCUGGUGAUUGGGGGAGAAGUCUGCUUGUGGGGCGAAUAUGUAGAUGCCACCAACCUAUCCCCUCGUCUCUGGCCAAGAGCAAGUGCUGCUGCGGAGAGACUGUGGAGCAAUGAGAGACAGACCUCCAGUGUGGACAGAGCAUUUCUGAGACUGCAGGAGUUUCGAUGCAAGCUCCUGAGGCGUGGAAUCCAAGCUGAGCCUCUUUAUGUGGGCCACUGCAGACAUGAGUAUCAAAGUGUUUGAGGAUGAUUUGACAUUCAAAAUGUUUUGAUCUUUUGGAGAAAAAAAACAAGAAAAGGGGGAAGAAAAUACAAAGAAAAUUCAAUAUUUGACCCCUAAAGGUUUUAAUAAAUAUAUAGCUACCAAAUUGUAUGCUAAAAAUAUAAAAAUCCAUUAUUUUUCAGAUACCUUUUAGCUUUAUGUUUACUUUUAAAAUCUUGUGUAACAUGCUGAGCUUAUUUUUUUUUUUGAAAUAUAAUAAAACAAAUUGCGUGCAGACAAUGUCA